CCACCGGUACCUAAAUGCAUCAUCACUGCGACGCUGGUUCCAAACUGGAUCCAGCCAAAGUGAUUUGGUUCUAGUUCCGAAUGGUUUUUAACCUGUGUUCGGACUUUUUGGACUGUAGGAGGCUCGGUUCUGUUUCUGUGGGUCGGUCCGAAGCCAAAGAGGCGGAUCCAGCACGGCCAUGUUGGACAAUGUCCCUGUGGUUUCCUCCGCAGAGCGCCAGCAGGUACUGGGAGCUCUGGAGCGGCUGCAGUCCAAACUGGUCCAGAAGGAGGAGUGGACCCACAGCGCCACUCUGGGGAACCUGCGGGAGACGCUGCAGAGUCCGCUGUUCAGCCACAUCCUGACCCUGCAGUACUCGCUCAGACAGCUCCAGAACCAGCUGAGCAGCAUGCCUCCUGAUGCCCGCAGUGACUUCAGCUUCUCCAGACGGGGCCAGCUCAUUAUGAGCGCCGUCGAUCCGUCCAGUUGCUCCACUCCACCCCUUUCAGCCUCCUCCUCCACUCUGACCAAUGGGUCGGCGCAACACGUCUCUCAGGCUCCGCCCACAGCUGACUACCUGCAGAGGUGGAUCCUGGCUGCAGCAAAGGGCCGUCAAACAGAGCUGAUCAGCCUGACCCGGUCCGUUUCAGACGGGCUGGGCUUCAGCGUGGUCGGUCUGAAUCCGACAGGAACCGCCAGUCAGGGCGUCUUCGUCAAACACAUCCAGCCGGGAGGAAUCGCCCACAGGGACGGCCGUCUCCGGGAGCGGGACCAGAUCUUGGUGAUAAACGGCAGCCCAGUAGAACCGGGGAUGAGCCAUCAGCAGGCGCUGAGCCUCCUGCAGCAGCCUGGGGAGACGCAGCUGGUGGUGGCCCGGGACUGGUCCCCUGAAGGAGGUCUGAUCAACAAGGGUCAGUGGGGUCAUGUCGAGGAGAUCCAGCUUUUCAACGAUGGAUCCGGUCUGGGUUUUGGUAUUGUCGGUGGAAAAACAACUGGAGUGGUGGUCCGAACGCUGAUCCCGAACAGCGUAGCAGACAGAGACGGCCGUCUCCGAACAGGUGACCACAUCCUGCGCAUCGGAUCGACCCCCACCAGCGGCCUCACCAGUGACCAAGUCGUCAAGGUGCUGCAGGCUUGUGGCAGUCAUGUGACCAUGCUGAUUGCCAGGGACCCCCAAGGACAAAAAGCUGCUGCCUCGGCUGCACCUCCACCUCCUGAUUCUGCCCCAAUUGCUAAUUUACCUCCACCACUUCCUGACUCCUCCCCCAUUACCUCUCUAGCCCCACCACUGCCGGAGUCGGCCCCCAUAACCUCUUUAUCUCCCUCGUCUCCUCUAGCCCCACCUCAGCGUCAGCAGAGUAAAACGCCAAACUUGGAGGGAUAUGAGAUCCACCAGGUUUCUCUUACCAAGAAGGAGGGCCAGAGCCUUGGCAUCUCCAUCAUUGGCUUCAACCCCAUGACGAGCCAAGAUGCGGUGGGUGUGUUUGUAAAGCAUGUGGUUCCUGGCAGCGCUGCGGAUCAGAGCGGAAACAUCCGGGUUCAUGACAGACUGCUCGCUCUGGAUGACAUCAGUCUCCACGGUAUGACCAAUCAGGAGGUUCUGGAGGUGAUGAAGCAGACGGGUCAGACUGUGGUUCUGACUCUGGUCCGGAAGAAAGCCAAAGGCCUGGAGAGAUCCCUGGAUAAAGUGGAGCGGGCGUCAGUCCGCGGGUCUCGGAGGAAUCUGGAGAUGAAGGCUCCACCCUCGAUGUCCGGCUCCAUGUUGAUGAAACCGGAUCCAACGCAUCUGAACUCGGCACCACUAAAUGGAGCCUCUGAUGCAGAGCUCCGGGCUAAAUGGGAGGCCGCUCUCGGACCUCAGUACCAGGUCUUGGUGGUGAACUUGGAUCCUGUCAUAGAGGACGAUGAAGAGCUGCAGAAAUCUUCCAAGCUGCUGCCGAUCCACAUCCUGCGUCUGGGUGUCGAGUUGGACUCAUUUGACGGUCAUCACUACAUCUCAUCAGUGGCCCCUGGGGGCCCGGUGGACAAACACGGCGUUUUAAGGCCUGAAGAUGAGCUGCUGGAGGUAACUGUCUUCCCACGGGAUCUGCGGCGCAAGAGGGGCAAUCACAAACUAGCCGUGGGUCUAGAUACGGCAGCGGCGGUGGGGAAGUUGGGGCAAGCUGAUGCUGGAGGACAGCGGAAGAUGCACCUGGUGGUAGCCUCAGUCUAG